AAACGACGCGUAGCGCCAUUUUUAUUGUGGUUAACCUUUAACCGCUGCUUUGAAAUUGAAUUUUCCGUCGCAAUUCGCUAUUUUGAUUUGAAGGCGGUUUUCAUUUAUUUAUUAUCUAAUUAUAGUGCUUUAUUGUGUGUGAAUGUUUUUGUAAACAGUAUAUUAUAAAAGCAAUCAUUUAGUGUUUACCAGUUUAAACGUGUAAUUGUUUUUUUCGUAUAGUUUGAUUUAUUUGAUAAUAUAAUGGUUUAUAAGUGCUCUGUUCCCGGGUGCAGUACUCGAGGCCGAGGUAUUAAAUAUUAUAGUGUGCCGUUCACAAAUAAAAAAAGGUGGGAAGAGUGGUUAAGUUUAUGUCCAUUCCUACAAAAUUAUCCUCCUACUCAACGCGAAAACAUUCGUUUUGUCAUAAACAUUUUAUUCCCGAACAUAUAAAACAGAAUCUAAGAUUAACACCUAAUGCGAUUCCUUUAGUAAACUUAGGAAAUACAGAUAAAUAUAAAGUUACAAACCGAGAUUUGAUAUUAGAAAUUGAACCCACUAGUAGCAUUACUGAACCCUUUAUUUUUAAAGUAGUUAACCCUUCUGAACUUAAUCGACCCACUAUAGAGCAAAAUUGUUCUAUCAUACAAGAACAUCAAAGUUCUGAGCUGUCUAGCACGGUAUCAAUUCAUGCUUCAUUGAAUGAAGCAAAUAGUAGUACUCCAACUCAAUUUACUCCCAAUAUACCUCACAAUACGCAAUACCCAAUAUGUAUAACCCCUUCCACAUCAACCACCAUUGCUGUGUGUAAUGAGCACAAAUUAAAAGUCACAGCCUAGUUAAACGUAGAUUAACUAAUCGUAUUAGAUUAAAUCCCAAUGAAUGUACCCCUCGUAAACGAAUUUUACGCUCUUCAAUUCACAUUUUAAAGAAUAAAUUACGUCUCUUGCAAUCAAGGUAUAAAAAGUUAAAGACUAGAUUUGACCUUCAUGCACCAAAACAAAGGUGUUCUUGAAAAAAUAUAACAUUUUGAGUACAUAUGGGAAAUUAUUAGUAGAUUCACAAUUACGUUUGACUGGUAAUUCAUUAAAAGGUCGCCGUUACACAGACUCAGAAAAAGUUUUUGCUUUAUCAUUAUAUAAGUUAAGCCCUAAGUGCUAUAGAUUUUACGAAAACAUUUAGCAUUACCAUGUAAAUCCCGAAUUAAUUCUCUACUCAGCAAUAUUCCUUUGAGGCCUGGUAUUAAUGACUUUAUAUUUCAACAUUUGGCAGAUGCUGCCUUGGAUAAACCCGCAAUAGACAGGCAAUGCACAUUAAUGUUUGAUGAAAUGUCCAUUAAAAAACACUUAAAUUUUAAUUUCUUUACUGGGGUCAUUGAAGGUUUUGAAGAUAUAGGUUCUGGCAAACGCACAAACAAUGUGGCUGAUAAAGCUUUAGUUUUUAUGUUACGGGGUUUGUUUUCUCCUUGGAAAAUUCCAAUUGCAUUUUAUUUUGCUCGAGAUGGGGUUAAAACAUUUGUUUUAAAAAAUAUUAUUAAAGAAAUAGUAUUAGCAGUUUUAAAUCUGGAUUCAUAUCCCAAAUGGGAGCCCUGUGGGCACCCCAGAAGCAAUAUGAUGGAAAUUGGAACUAAAACCAUUAAGAACCACAUGGUCAAAUUUGCAGCCCAAGUUUUUAGCCGACAUUGGAAAUGGUUUGUUCACAGCAGAAAUUCUUCUUUUAUAAAUAAUUUGUUUGAUAGUUUAAAUGGUUUUGGUCAUUAUGGGAAUAAGUUAAAACAUGCUCUUUCAUAUAAUUCGGAGCACAUUGCAUUCUGGAAUGAUGCUGUGAAAAAGCUAGCUUCAAUGCGCUUUGACGCUUCCAAUGAAAGGGAAAGGAAGCCUUUAUCACUGAAGCAUUUUGAACAUAAUAUAAAAACAAUAAAACAUUUCGUGCUCAGAUCUGCUGACAAUUUAUGGUGUUAA